CUACCGCCCACAAGUUGUAAUACACAUGCAAGUUACAAAACAACGGAAAUUGCAGUCAGGGAAAAUCUCACGUGUACGCGCGCAUGCUGCAAAAAUCCCGGCUCUUAGAUAGUAAACAAAAACAUUCUUCAUUGAAAGACUGACGCAUUCCGGCAGAAAAAUGAAAAGUCGACCCGCACAGUCAGAUGCCUCGGAUUCAAAGGGCAAGGUGAAGAAAAGAUCGGAGCAGAAAUCCGGGCGAACUAUCGCUAAAAAACUACGAGAAAAGAUGGAGGGGGAGACGUCAAAAUCAGUGCCAUCUCUCAAAAUCAGCAAACCUUCGGGACUGCAGAAGAGAAGCGGCCAAGGAAGCAUCGUGCACUACAUUUACAAGAGCAGCCUAGGCCAGAGUCUGCACUCCCAGCUGAGGCAGUGUCUCCAGGAGCCCUUCGUCCGCUCCCUGAACUCCUACCAGCUCCACCGCGCGACCAGCUCUUUUGAUCGCAGGAUCACCUGUCUGGAGUGGCACCCCACGCACCCGACCACACUGGCUGCUGGGUCCAAGGGCGGGGACAUCAUUCUGUGGGACUUUGACAUACUCACCAACACAACUUUCAUACAAGGGAAAGGAGCCGGAGACUUUAUUGGAGGGAUGAAGUUUAGCCCAACGGACCUUUCCAAAGUCUUUGUGGCCUCUGGUGACGGCACAUUGACCAUGCAGAGCUUUGAGGGCUGUACAUCCACCAUUCUGUCCACAACUCAAGACUGUGGCCAUGAUCACCACAAUGUUUGUCACUGGUACUGCUGUGUGGAUGUGUCUGUGAGUCGACAGAUGCUUGUGACAGGGGACAAUGUGGGACAGCUGCUCCUCCUCAGUAUGGAUGGCCAAAAGAUUUUCAGUGACAAGUUGCACAAGGCUAAAGUGACCCAUGCAGAGUUCAACUCCCGUUGUGAUUGGCUGUUGGCGACGGCCUCUGUCGACCACACCGUCAAGCUGUGGGACCUCAGGAACAUUAAAGACAAGAAGAGCUACCUCCAUGAAUUGCCUCAUGUCAAACCUGUCAACUCAGCCUAUUUCAGUCCUGUGGACAGCUCCAAGCUGCUCACCACAGAUCAGUAUGACCAGAUCCGGAUCUACUCCUCCUCUGAUUGGUCAAAACCUCAACACAUCAUCCAGCAUCCACACAGGCAGUUUCAGCAUCUCACACCCAUUAAGGCCACAUGGCAUCCUGUUUACGACCUUAUAGUGGCUGGACGUUACCCCGACGACAGGGUUUGCACCGGUGAUCACAGGACCAUCGACAUCUUUGACAGCAACACAGGAGAGCUUGUGUGUCAGCUGCGAGAUCCCAAUGCCCCGGGAAUCAUAUCUGUCAACAAAUUCAAUCCGAUGGGCGAUAUAAUAGGAUCUGGAAUGGGGGUUAACAUUCUAGUUUGGAAGCGGGAAGACUCACUGAUCAGACACCAGAGCAAACGUCAGGAGGAAAUGGGGUCAGACGUGGGCAGCUCGAGGGGCCGACGAGGGAGUCAGCAGCGCUCCAACAGGGACAGAAGAGCUCCUGCUCAGGAUGCCAAGCUCAAGAAGAAGCUGGCUUCUCUGGAGGCAUCAGAGAUCAAAACCAAGACCAAGUCUAGGUGUACUGAAAACAGGCACGCACAAAAGGGGAAGAAGAAGUGACUUGUCUCAUUUGCGGGUUUUUGACAAAUGAUAAAUAACUGUACCAUUAAGUCUAUGUUGCAUACUGUUCAUUACAUUUCUUCAGGGAUCAUUUGAAUGUCGAAAUAAUGUGGUGAAUGUUUGCAGAGGAAAAAAAAAUAUUUUGCAAAUACUGUUUUAUAGUUUAAUCUGUAACUGGAACUUUUGUAUUCAUCACAUUUUUAUACUCUGUUGGAAUAAAAAAAAAAAGUUCAUUUUGCUUUAAUGGA